UUUUAGUUUAACAACAUAUAAUAUAAAAUGAAUCUCUUAAAAAAAGCUUGUUUUGUUUAUUUUAUUUUGGUAUUGUCGUUAUUGUUUGUGGAUUCCUUCGAAGAUGGUGAGAAGAGGGCCAAGUAUAAUGGUGAUGCUCCAAAUGACAAUAGGACUUGCAACAUUCCGUGGAAAACUUCCUUGUUUUCAGAACCGUAUUCAUCCUGUUGGGUAAUGUGUAAAGGGAGAUGCAUUUUUUUGAGUAGAACCACUCAAUGGCGUUGUAAAAAAUCAAAAUACGAUUUAUUAGGAAAUUGCCACUGCUGUAAUGAUGAUACUUUAAAUGUUUAUUUUGAUUUAUAAUAAUUACUGAA